AUGGGUCCAGAUAUACUCCAAGACCUAUCGAUAUGGCACGCCUCGCCCACCCAUACCGUCUACUUCCGAAUACACCAGGCUACCCACUUCUCGCCCCGAAUCUCUCUCCGCGUCGCAAGGGGCCGUAGCCUUGUCGAACGUCGGCUCGACGCCUCUGAACCCAAUUCGACAAGCGCACCCCUAGCCCCGGCCUCGAUGGUCAAUUUUUACGUCUUCAACCCCGCGCAGAAGCUGCGUUUUCUCUCCGGGAUCAUUUACAAGGGAUCAAAACGUUUGCUACGAAAUAUCCGAGCACAACAACCUGCGACCCCAGUUGACGAACAACCGAGGCCAAUCAAGUUCAAUAUCCACGAUCUCAUCAAAACCGACUUGCGGCAUGCUGCUCAGGGAGUCCUAAAGCGCGACCGUGAGUUCUACAAGGAUGACUCAGAGAGUGGCUUCUGUGUAUUUCGUGUCGAGGAUACAUUGUUCAAGGUGCACAAAUGCUACUUACUACGAGAACCUUCAGCAUUUGGCGACAUGUUCGGUUUGCCUUUCAUCUCCAAUGGCAAUGAAGGGCAGUCCGAUGAGGCUGCGAUACCUCUCUCCGAUACUGCUGAGCAGUUCCGAGAUCUUCUUUGGGUGUUGUACGCGAUACCGACUCAAUUAUGCUCUACGACACAAGAGGAUGGCCCUUCAAUAGAGCGACUACUAAAUAUCGCUCGGCUCACGAACAAAUAUUGCAUCGCAUCCUAUGAAGCCUGGUCUCUCCAGCGGCUCUUCACGUUGGCCCAGGACCCAGCUGGCUUCCUACGAUAUGCCCCAUCCGAAACAUGCGCCGAUGCCCUGGACGUCUCCUUCCUGUGUGGCCAGCAAGAGCUACUAGAAGUCAUAACGCAAAGGCUGGUUGCCCGGAUGCUCUGGUCCGGGAUGGACCGGAAUCCGAUCCUGAAAGUUGCUGAGAGCAGAGGCCUGACGAAGCUCCAAGGUGUUGCGUACUACAAAGAACUAGUCGACCUUGACUGCAUGGCACGAGGUGACCGGUCCGGCUGGAGCACACCGGAAACUGGGUUUACAGUGCCAAACGGAUACGCGAACGAGGAAAAGAGACAUCAGCUCUUGGAAGCCCACCACUCCCUCGUCGAGCUCUGGGAGUCCAUCGGCACGAGGCCACCCACCUUCUCCCUCCCCCACGCAAACGACAUGUGCGAGUCGCCCCUCUCCCUAGGCUGCGCCUCGCACGAGGAGUGCCUCGCGACUUGGAAACAGCUCUGGGUUGGCGCAGCGAGCGCGGGUCUAACGCUCCGGCACGGACCGGCGGAUGUGCUCGGCAGGCUGAAGAGCAUGAUGAUCCUUUUGAAGAGGGAGAUGAUGCUUUCGGAGGGCAUUAGUCUCGGAUGUACGCUGGCGGCACUCGAGUCAAUCACGACACUAAGGGAGGAGAUCGUGUCAGGGCUGACUGGGCAUUUCCAGGUCUGA